AUUUUGUCAUCCGCCAUUACAAUGACGUCAGCCGCUACUACAAUCAGCGCCACCUACAGUAUGUGUAGUACAGAUAGCCAUGAUGUUAACUGGAAGAAUAAUAUAAGCCAGGAGUUGAGUCAGACCAAUACUAUUGGAAGUAUGGGAAAGUUACAAUUCGAUGACCACGGUUAUCCAGUUGGACUCAAAUUCAUUGUCUGCAGUUUUCAUAAUAUGGACCCAGACAAAUUUAAGAACAUAGGUUACUGGGCAUCCGGGACUGGUUUAAUGCUUGUAGACUCGACUGUUUAUCAAAAUAUUUUCACAGAUUUUGGUAAUCGAACAUUAGUGAUUGGAGCUUUACCAGCUGAACCUUUCAACAUGAAGACUACAGUGGGUAAUAUAACAAAAUGGGAAGGUUUCUGUAUAGAUAUUCUGAACGAAAUGGCGGAAAAAUUUAAUUUCCAUUAUGUUAUUUCUGAACCUGCUGAUCGAAUCUGGGGUUCACCGGUUGAGGAUGGGACGUGGAAUGGAAUAGUUGGACAGGUUGUUAAAGGGAACUAUGCCUUUGGAGUUGGGCCAUUUACUAUUACGUCUGUGAGAGAAGCAGUGAUAGAUUUUACAAAGCCAUAUAUGGAAGAAGGUAUUGGGAUCCUUAUCAGAAAACCUAACAGUGAAUCCAAGAAAAUGUUUAAAAUGUUCAUACCAUUUGCACCGGAAGUGUGGGGCUGUAUAGUAGCGGGAGUUAUCGCCGUUGGUGUAUUGUUGUAUAUAGUGAAUAGAAUUACGCCCUACUCCAACCAUAAAUUAUACAGUAAAACGGAUCAGAUGAUGUUGAAGGAGAGUAUUUGGUUGGUUUAUGGGAGUUACAUGGAACAAGGUGGUGACCCGCAACCAAAGAGUAUAUCUGGUCGACUUAUUUUAGGCUUCUGGUGGCUGUUCACUAUUUUAAUGACCUCUACCUACACAGCUAAUUUAGCUGCCUUCCUUACAGUAACUAUAGCUGAGAAACCUAUCAACAGUUUAACAGAAUUAUCAGAACAGAGUGACAUUCUUCCACUCGCCAAAUAUGGUUCCAAUCUAUAUACUUUAUUUAAGGAAGCGAAUGGUGGAAUUUACCAAGAUGUAUGGAACAUGAUGGGUAACAUGCCAAGAAUAACAAAUAAUCAAGACGCCCGUAAAUUGGUAGAACAGGGUUUUACAGCUUUUAUGACCGAUAGAUCACAGUUAGAAUAUAUCGUUUUAAAUGACUGUGAGACCUAUUCACUGGCCGAUGAAUCCUUUAAUACAGCCGGUCUAGGUUUUAUCAUGCCAGAAAAUGCAGUAUUUAGUGAUGCCUUUAAUUAUCAUAUAAUGAAGAUGCAGGAAGCAGGAUUAAUAGACAAAUGGAAACAGAAAUGGUGGCCAAGUUCCGAUCAGUGUUCCGGAUCCGACAGAACAAGUCAAGCACAGACUUUAGGUCUAGAGAGUUUAGCCGGCCCUUUCUUCAUUUUUCUCUCAGUGGCCGGAAGUGCCGGCAUAUUGCUUUUAAUUGAACUAGUCUAUUAUUCUAAAGGGUUUGUUGGAUUGACUAAAUGUUUGAAAAUCAGCGGAAAUCAAGAGCCACCAGAAAACGAAAAAGAAUAAUUUUGAACGGUCGUAACACGCAAGGCAGCCUAACUUCCCAUCAAAACAUACAACAAACAGUGCACUAAAAUAGCAAAAUGUAAGAACGAAGCAAUUGCAAGCUGUUAAUUAAAACAAACGCAGCACUCUUCACGGUUGAUCUCAAUGACAUUAUCUUUAGUUUCUAGUUAACUUUAAGAUAAUGUAUUUAAUCAACCAGGAAUAUGCCAUGACUUCCCAUUUGCCUUACCGGAAGUUGGACUUAGUAUGUUUGAUUAAUAAAUUGCCUUACCGGAAGUUUGAAUAAUAAAUAAAUAUAUCACGUAAUGUUUAAUGAGUGCUAUCUCGCGGAUGUUCACAUUAGCUUCCAUUAUAACUCUUCGAACAUUUUAUGAUUCCGUUUAGUGUUGAUACGAAUAAUUUAAGUAGUUUAUUUAUGGUUAUUUCUCGAUUAAGGAGAUGUGGACGAUCAGAUCAUGCGACACCGUAUUUAAUUAAUGAUUUUGUACAAAUAUAAAUGUGUGUUUGAAUUUAAAGGAAGAUAA